AUGAGUGAGAUCCACUUGAUUGCUACUCUCCGCCCUGCACCCGGCAAGGAAGCCCAGCUGCGCGAGAUCCUACGCGAAACAACGGCCCACGUCACUCACGUUGAGAAAGAUUGUUUGUCGUUUCUGCUGACAGAAAUGACUGAUGGCAAUGGUAGACAAAGUCAUCGAGAGCUGACUCGGCACAUGUCUAGAUGGGCCAAUGCGGAAGCCCUGGUUCGCCAUCAUCAACGAGAGUGGUUGAAGACCAUGUACCAGCAAUUUGAAGCCGGGGAACUGCUGGAGGGACCGGAAAUGAUCGAGUCCCUGCUAUUUGUCGAUGGCUUUGUGUCACGAUGA